AUGACUACGAAAUUCGUGCUAUGCAUCGCGCUCUUCGGGCUUGCUGCUGCUGAGUCCGGCAACCAGAACGGUGACCAGGGCCAACUCAUCGGCGGCCAGCGACCCGUGCCAGGAGACCUUAGCGGCCAGAGCGGCGUCAAUGUCCAGACCGGCCAAAACGGACAAACCGGUGUCAACGGUCAGGUUGGCGUCGACGGACAGACCGGACAGAACGGACAGACCGGAGUGAAUGGCCAAAUCGGAGUUUCGGGCCAGACCGGCCAGACCACGGGCCAGGUUAACAACUGCACGCUGACCGCGCCGUGGUGCGGAACCGGAGAGAUGUGCAACCUGUGUGGUGAUCGCUGCGAGCAGUCGUGUGGUCAGCAGACUGCGCAAUGCCCCCUCAGCAUGUGCACCACCUUGAACAACCAGGGCUCGUGCCAGUGCCUGCCCGGAUUCGCCCGCAACACCGCCGGACAGUGCGUCUUAGCCGUGACUUGCCAAAGCAGCGGCGACAACAAUGGCAGCGUUAACAACGGCCAGGGAACACCGCGUGGCUGCGGAAUUGGUGCUGGACUAUGCCAAGCCGGUGAGCGGUGCAACACGUGCGGCAACCGAUGCGAGCAGAUCUGUGGCCAGGCUAACCCGGGCUGCCCUCUCGGAAACUUCUGUCUCUCUGCCAACUCGGCCGGAUACUGCGAGUGUCUCCCCGGAUUCGCCCGUAACACUCGGGGACAGUGCGUCCUAGCUACGACAUGCGGAAACGGCGCCAACAACCUUGGCCGCAAG